CUACCGCUCUGGAGUCUGGAGUCCUCUGUAUUAAAGUUCUUCACUCCAGCAGUUUCAAGAGGCGCUUUGAUGCGAGAGGGAACACUAAAUCCAAAAGUGGGAGCAAUCAUUUUUAAAGAUGUUAAUAUUAAGGUUGCUGUCAGUCCUGAUGCUUUCUCUCUAUACACAUUCCGUAGAAAAAGAGGAUAUUCGAGCGGGUUGCAGUACAGCUGCGAAUGAUCUUGUGUACAUCAUUGAUGGUUCCUGGAGUGUGGGUUACAAGGACUUUGAUACUGCCAAGCGCUGGCUUGUGAACAUCACCAGUGGCUUUGAUGUAGGCCCACAUUACUCCCAGGUGGGUGUAGUGCAGUACAGUGACACUCCUCGGCUAGAGAUCCCUCUUGGUGCUCAUCAGCGUGCUGAGGAGCUCAUCAAAGCUAUCCAGGCCAUCCGUUACAUGGGAGGAAACACACAGACAGGGCGUGCCAUCAAGUUUGCAGUUAACCACGUGUUCGCCUCCUCACAUCGCAGUGACACCAGUAGAAAUCGCAUUGCCGUAGUGGUGACUGAUGGGAAAUCUCAGGAUGAUGUGGUGGAUGCUAGUGUAGAAGCUCGAGCACAGGGAAUCACUGUAUUUGCAGUGGGAGUGGGCACGGAGAUCACCACCUCAGAGCUGGUUGCGAUCGCAAACACGCCAUCCAGCUUCUAUGUGCUGUAUGCACAGGACUACACCACCAUCGAUCGCAUCCGAGAGUCCAUGGAGCAGAAGCUUUGUGAAGAAUCGGUUUGUCCCACACGUAUCCCUGUUGCCUCCCGGGAUGAGAAGGGCUUUGAGCUGAUGCAUGGAAUGAAAAUCCAUCAGAAAGCCAAGUCAUUACCGGGCUCUUUGCUGUCAGAGACAGCCUACUUCCUGGACAAAGGGGUGGACAUUACUGAGGAUACAAAGGAAAUCUUUCCAGAAGGUCUUCCUCCAUCCUAUGUGUUUGUAGCCACUCUGCAGCUGAAAGGCAGCCCAAGCAGAGAGAAGUUUGACCUGUGGAGGGUACUUUCUAAAGACCAAGAAGUCCAAGUGGCCGUGACACUACACGGACAGAAGAAUACUGUGACCUUUACCACCACAAAUCUGGCAAGUGGAAUACAGGAUGUCACUUUUGAUGCACAAGGCCUAAAGACACUCUUUGAUCGACAGUGGCACCAGCUGAAGAUUCUUGUCAGGCAAAAGCAUGUCGUCUGUUUUGUGGAUGACCAGGUGGUCCAGGAAGCAGAUUUAGAGCCAGUUGUGCCCAUUUUCAUCAAUGGGAAAACUCAGAUUGCCAAACAAUACAACACUCAAGCUACAAUGCCUUUAGCAAUUCAGAAACUGAGGCUUUAUUGUGAUCCAAUGCAAAGUGAACGGGAAACGGCAUGUGAGAUUUAUUCUGUGGAUGAUGAGAGGUGUCCGGCAAACCGAGAGCCACCUCAAGAGAAGGAGGAAUGUGACUGCGAUCAGGGGAACCCUGGACCAACUGGACCACCUGGGCCAAAGGGUAAAAAAGGAGAAAAUGGACCUUCUGGUCGUGAUGGUAAGCCUGGCAUCAAAGGUGAGCGAGGAAUACCUGGAGAGCCAGGUAAAUUGGGGCAAAAGGGUGAACCUGGUUUACAUGGACCCAAAGGUGACUCAGGAGUAAAAGGCACCAAAGGUGAGAGAGGACAUCAAGGCCUGCCUGGAAAACAAGGGCCACACGGACCAAAGCAACCUCAGGGUGACAAAGGUGAUCAAGGACCCCCUGGUGAGCCAGGCCCAAAGGGGGAAUCAGGGCUCCCCGGCAGUCAAGGACUAGUUGGCCCAGCAGGACCAAAGGGUGAAAAGGGAGAUAAAGGUCAUCCUGGCACAGAUGGAACACAAGGUGUCCCAGGUAUCCGUGGACCUCCUGGGGAGGCAGGGCCAAGUGGACCUCAGGGGACUAGAGGAUCACCUGGACAGAAAGGAUUUGCUGGACCUAAAGGACCCCCAGGCAUUCAGGGCCCACCGGGGUCCUCUGGAGCAGAUGGACAAAUCGGCCCUAAGGGAAGUCCAGGACAACAGGGAUUACCUGGGCGCCCCGGUUUGCCAGGCCAAAAGGGCUUAAAGGGAGAACCAGGUUUUCCUGGUUUACAAGGUGUCGUUGGUGUUCCUGGAUUUAAAGGACAUAAGGGGGAUAUGGGCGAACCUGGUUCAAAGGGUGCUCAGGGUGACAGAGGAAGUGAGGGAACACCUGGUGUGCCUGGGCCACCGGGUGAAGCUGGACUCCGGGGAAGCAAAGGAGAGAAAGGUUCUCCAGGAGAUCCUGGUAUUAGAGGCUCUGAUGGAAAGCAAGGAGACAUAGGACAUAUAGGAGUAGUUGGACCACGAGGUUCUCCAGGACAGGAUGGGUCACCAGGACACCCUGGUCUUCCAGGAAUUCCUGGCAAACCUGGAAAGUCUGCUUCUGAUGAACACUUAAAAAAGCUUUGUGGAGAUGUAUUAAGACAGGAGCUCUCCCAGCUGAUGCAGACGAUGAUACCUCGGAGCUGUGAGCCUUGUGAAAGGGUGAAAGGUCCCCCAGGUCCACCUGGACCUCAGGGUCCUAAAGGCUCCACUGGGCUGCAGGGAUAUCCAGGCAGGACAGGUUCUCAGGGUUACCCUGGGACACCUGGCUUACAGGGGCUACCAGGGGUCAAAGGGGACAUGGGACCAAGGGGUAUUAAGGGCAACAAAGGGGAAGGCAGACCAGGACAACAAGGACCCCCUGGAGAAAGAGGGAUCCAGGGUUCACAUGGUAUUGAUGGAAUUGGAUUACCUGGACCUUCAGGACCACCAGGCAAAUCUGGAUCUCCAGGUCUUCCAGGCAAGCGCGGUGCCCCAGGGCCAGCUGGAGUAUGUGACAUGUCCAUCUGCUACCAGGCCUACAACCUCAGGGAACAGCACUACAGCAAAGGCCCGAACUUUUGACACAAACACUCACACCUUCUCACACAUAAAGAGUAUAGAUAAAAAGUAUCUCCAGUAUCUCCAAGUAUCUGGACAGUGCAUUUUCUUUAUGUAAUGGCAUUUAGGAGAGCAAUUAUAACUGACUGAAACCAAUUGUACAUGAAUGGCCUUUUCAUGUAGUAAUACUGUACGGACAGUGGCAUGCAAAGAACUUUACAGAAGAACUUAUAUUGCUGACUGAUAUGAAGAGCAUUAUUUUUUAUGUGACUCACAAAUGGAGACAAUAUUUUGUGGUCACUCACAUAAUAACCUCAAAUGAAACACAUGAUAACUUGACUGAAGUGUCACUGUACUUUAAGCAAAAAAAAAUUUGACCUCUUAAAAGACAAAUAUCAAAAAUCUGGUACACACUUGCACUGCCCAAAAGAAGCUACCUCCAUGUAAACAUUUAUUAUACAAGACAAACAGAUAUGCAUCAUAAUAGAAGUAUUUAAUCAUUUUAUAAAAUAAUGAUGUAUUCAAAUUGCUGCUUAUAUUUAAAUGUCUUCAUUAUUCAUUUAAGUUGUGUCCUAGCACAGUUUUAUUCAAAAUGUAUUUAAAUGUUGACAAAUGUAAUUCAUUCCAUGUAUUCUUAUUGACUUGAAUAAGUGACUGAAGAGUAAAUACACAUUGUUUUGAUUAGUUUACAGAUUAUAAAACUUUAGAAGAAAAAAGAAAAAUCCAUGUAGUACCUAAAGGGUACUUUAGUUUUUUUUCUUAGAGGAAACCUUAAACAUUCUUAAACUCUCUUCACUAAGAAUUUAUUAUUUUAUGUAACAUUUUAUAUUUUAGUAAGCUAUGAACAUUUAAACUAACAAAGAACCCAUUUUUUAUGGUUCUAGGCUGGUCAAACUAAAUGUUUUCAUCAAGAGCUGUAUUUAUUUUCCUAUUUGUCAUGCAUUCUU